GUGUCAGUUUGAAAAUUCGCAUCUUUAGGCAACUCAUCUUGAAAGUGUUGUUCAUUGUUAUUGCUUCUUUUCGCACAAUUAUGUGCGUUUAAUUGAUAAAAUAUUAGCGUCUUAAAAAUACAAACGCGAAUCCACAUCUUGUGUUACUUCAACAUAGAAAGGCACCGUCAUAAACUUUUUAUUUUAACUUAUUAAAAGCAUGUCGGCGAAAUUCCCGGUUAUUACAAUUCAAUGCGAUUGGAAUGAAGUCAUAAAACUGCCAAAGUGCAAAGCUUGGAUAUCCUCCAAAUAUUUAAAUCAAAAUAGUGUCCAUGAUGAACUUAGAACAAGUUUAAAUAAUAGUGAUGGGAAGAUUAAGAUACAGUUCUCAGAUAAUUACCAGUAUAUAUCUCAUGGAAACCUCAGCCUUGUGAUAAAGCACAUAUCUGGUUUGAAGGCAGCCUUUGUGGCCCCGACAAAAGCUUAUAAGGUGCAUAAGAAGGGAGUCACUACUGUGUCUGCAUCUGGCACAGAAAAUGCAUUGGCUAUAUCUGCUUGUGAUGGUGACCAACUUUUAGUAUGGGACAGCAGGACAGGUGAAGUCAUGUUAGAUCUUAAAGGCCACGGUGGUCCAGUGUACAAGAGUAAAUUCUUCAAUUCUGGUGUAGUGGUGAUAUCGGCUGGUGCUGAUGGAUCAUGUCGGAUCUGGUCUGCUGAGACGGGAGUCAACCCUGUUACGCUGAUAGGCCACAAAUUGGCCAUUACUGAUAUUGCUAUUGUUGAAGUUGGAAGGAAUGUGAUUUCUGUCAGCAAGGAUGGUACUGCAAAGCUGUGGGAUGUUGGCCAAGCAGCAUGUUUGGCCAAUAUUGUUGAAGGUCAUGGUCAGAUAAAUUGCUGCACCCUGACCACAACUGAUGAUGUGCCUGUUGAUAAUGAGAGAGAGGUGGGAACAAGUAACAAACUCCUAAUUAUUGGUUGCGAGAGUGGCCUAGUCAUUGGUGCCCACGUGGCCAAAAGGGAGGAAGUGUUCCGGAAGCAGAUGGACUCCGCCUGCAAUGCUUGCAUUGUUGUAGGGCAGAAUGCCAUCAUUGGCUGUAGCAGUGGGAAGAUAAUGCUUCUCAACCUUCAAAACGGCGAACUAGGGGAGCUCCACGAAUCCGCGAGCCCAGUCCUAAGCAUGGUAACAUUGCCCAACCAGAUGUUCGCAGUCGGGCGCCAAGACGGCACAUGCACUGUCAUGUCACUACACGAAGCCCACGGCGCCACGCGAGUCCAACUGACCGGCUCGGACUGCGACGGAAUCAGAGACCUAGCCUUCAAUGGAAAAUGGAUUUUUGCUGCCUGCCGCGACUGUAAUGUUAGGAAGUAUGACUUCAAUCAAGUGAUCGUACAUUUUAAGUGAGAGUUAUUACUUCAUGUAACAAUAUCUGUAAGUUAAUUUUUUUUCAAAUCUUUGACCGCCA